AUGGGUGUCGACGAGAAGAGCCGCACCUCGGGCGAGUCGCCCCGCGCCACAAGCCCUGUCCUCCCUACAGUCAACCCGGCUGCUGAGAAGCCGCAACCGCCCAAAGACUCUCUUCACCCGGCUUUCUAUGUUGCCACCUGGAUCGGUCUGAGCUCCUCGGUCAUUCUGUUCAACAAAUGGAUCCUCGACACUCUAAACUUCCGUUACCCGGUCCUCCUGACGACAUGGCACUUGGCUUUCGCGACCCUCAUGACACAGUUGCUUGCCCGAUACUCGACGCUUCUUGAUGGCCGCAAGACCGUCAAGAUGAGCGGCCGGGUCUACCUGCGCGCCAUCGUCCCCAUCGGCGUCUUCUUCAGCUUGAGUCUGAUCUGCGGCAACUUGACCUAUCUAUAUCUGAGUGUUGCCUUUAUCCAGAUGCUCAAGGCCACCACUCCUGUUGCAGUGCUCAUUUCCAGCUGGUGCUUGGGUCUGUCCCAGCCCAGCCUCAAGGUGUUCCUGAACGUCUCGGCUAUUGUGGUCGGUGUUAUCCUCGCCUCUAUUGGAGAGAUCAAGUUUGUCAUGAUUGGCUUCCUCUUCCAGAUGGCUGGAAUCGUCUUCGAGGCUUUGCGCCUUACCAUGGUUCAGCGCCUGCUCAGCUCUGCCGAGUACAAAAUGGACCCCCUGGUCUCGCUCUACUACUUCGCACCGGUUUGCGCUGCUAUGAACUUCGUGGUCGCGCUCUUCUGGGAGGUUCCCAAGAUCCAGAUGGUUGAGGUCUACAACGUCGGUCUCUUCACAUUCUUCCUCAACGGCCUCUGCGCCUUCCUGCUGAACGUCUCGGUCGUCUUCCUGAUUGGCAAGGGAUCCGCUCUGGUCAUGACCCUGUGCGGUGUGCUCAAGGACGUCAUGCUAGUUGUUGCUUCCAUGAUUAUCUGGGGCACCCCUGUCUCCGGUCUUCAGUUCUUCGGUUACAGCAUCGCUCUGUGCGGCAUGGUCUACUACAAGCUUGGCUUCGAUGCCAUCAAGGGCUAUGCUGGAGAGGGCCAGCGACAGUGGGCCGAGUUCGGUGCCCGCCGCCCCGUCAUGCGUAAGGUCAUUGUCAUUGCCGGUGCGGUUGUCUUCAUAUUUGUCCUCCUCGGUGGCUUGGCUCCUACCUAUGCACCGGAGUACGACCCGACAAAGUAUAUCAGCGAUGCCUCGAGCAAGCUUGGUAUCACCGGUGGCGCUUAA